GGGAGAACGGGCGAGUUCCGCCGCUUUCCGUUUUUUGCCCCGGUUGGGAAUUUGCCGACGCGCCCUCCCGCGGACGGAAACGGAGCCCUUUGAGGGCAGGACCGAGGCGCGUUCGCCGGCAGGAAACAUGUCCGCGGGCCGGCCGUUCCGCGGGUGCGCCUGCUUUUUCACCGACAACAUCUUCGUGGGGCGGUUCGGGCUCCACGUGCGGUACCGGGACGGGCCGCAGCUCCGCCGGGACCACGGGCGGGCGCUGAGGGAGCGCGGCUGCCGGAGCGAGGAGCAGUUCCGGGAGGUGCUGAGGGAGAUUGAGGCAGAAGUGCAGAGAAGAAAAGAGUUAAUCCAUCAAUCAGCAGAACGCAGAGCCAUCAUCUCCAAGUGCUACAAACCAAAACACCCAGAGGUGUACACCCUGCAGGAUUCCUUCCUGGCCCCAGAGUUUCUGGAAAUCGUGAGGUUCUGCACAUCUCCAGGUGCUGAUCUCCAGGGCCUCCUGAGCUACCUCGAGUCCUUCUCAGAUAAGAGGAUCUACCGACUCCCAGUGUUCACAGAGGAGUUCUGCCAAGCCUUUGUGGAUGAGCUGGAGAACUUUGAGCAGUCGGAUAUGCCCAAAGGCAGGCCCAACACCAUGAACAACUACGGGGUUUUGCUGAACGAGCUGGGCAUGGACGAGCCUUUCCUGACGCCGCUGCGGGAGCGGCUCCUGCCCAUCACAGCCCUGCUGUACCCGGAGCUGGGAGGGGCCUGCCUGGACAGCCACAAAGCUUUCGUGGUCAAGUACUCCCUGCACGAGGACUUGGACCUCAGCUCGCACUACGACAACGCUGAAGUCACCCUGAACGUCUCCCUGGGGAAAGAAUUCACAGAAGGAAAUUUGUACUUUGGGGAUUUCAACCAGGAUCCCACCCCAGUGCCCAAAUACAUCGAGGUGGAGCACGUUGGAGGCCGGGGGCUGCUGCACCGAGGGGGGCAGAUCCACGGGGCCCUGCCCAUCGCCUCCGGGCAGCGCUGGAACCUCAUCGUGUGGAUGAGAUCCUCGGCCAUCCGAAACCAGCUCUGCCCCAUGUGCCGCAGGAAACCCGAGCUGGUGGAGGCCGAGGGCUUUGGGGAUGGCUUCACAGAACCCCUGGAGGAGGAGGAGGAGGUGCCACAGACCGUGAAUCUCUGUGCCUUGGGGUAGUGGGGGGAGGAUGUCCCCACUCCAAAUUGCCCAAAGUGCUGUUCUGACCUCCCAGGGCUGCACCCCCGGGCUCUGCUGGGUGCAAGGAGCAGCUCUCACCUUGGGAAGGGAUGCUGAGCCAGCCGAGGGCUCAGCUGGGGCUGGAGGACUCUAAGACACACAAACCCCAACUCUGAUUCCCUGCAGGAGCUCUGUCAAUAAUUCCAAGUGGACAGGGGAAACACCCAAAGCUCCUUGGCCUCUCUGCCAACAGCAGCACCCCAGGUCCCACUGGAAAUAGGGAAGAAUGGUAGAAUAAACCAUUUCUCUGCUGUUCUUGGGGCCUCCUGUCCUCUGCCACGGGGAGGGGAAGAGCUUUGUGUGGCUUAGGGGCUGGGAAGGAUCUGCUCAGGAAUGAGAUCCAGGUGAGUCACAGUGAGCUGCUGGGAAUGGCAGGGAAUUCUCAUCACUGGAUGUCUAAGCCAGGCUCAGAAAAAUCCACCAGGAGCAACAGAGGGAGCAGUGAUCCCUCCAGGAUGGCUGAGACACGUCCCGAGGCUUCUUGGCAGCAGAAACUUCCCUUUCAAAGGUUUUGUGAACUUGAUUAAGCAGAGACAGAGCUCGGGGAGCCACCUGCAGCAGAGUAAAACUUCCCAGGACAAGAUGUACAUUUAACUCCUUUUGCUUUAGUUACAUGAGCAAGUGAAAAUAUAAAAUAACUCUGCCAACCCAGAGGCAGCAACAGACGAGGUCUGGGGCUUAAUUUGGCACCAAGAUCCCCCAGGAACUGAUGGAUUAGAAGGGUCCAGUGCUUUUCCCUCCUUCCUUCCAGCUGGCUGAAAGCAGGAGAUUCUUCCAUCUACUAAACAAACUAAGGAAGCCAAUUAUUGUCUGAUUUGGUGUCUGCAUUUGCCUCCCUGGAAAACGAACUCGAUAUAUUGGAUAGAUGCUGCUGCAUUUACAAGGAAGGGGCUUUUCCCUUUAUCUGUUGAGUGCAGUAAUCACAGCCCACGGCUCAUCACAUCGGUAAUUGUGGAGGGCUGAACGUGAGCGGGUGCAGCUCGCACAAAAGGUGUU